AUGAAUUCUACUUUUGUGCAGAAUGUUCCCAGUGAGCUUAUCUGCUACAUCUGCAAGGACUAUUUCACAGACCCUUUCACCCUUACCUGUGGGCACAACUUUUGUACUCCUUGUCUCUGCCUCUUGUGGGAAGAUACUCAGCAUCCUCCUUGCUGCCCUGUGUGCAGGGCAGUAUCCAUGAACAGACUUAAAAGCAUUAUUUUUGCUGCAAAACAAGUUCAUGUUUCCAAUGAAUCAGUUGCCUGCCAGUUACCGAACUCUGCCAAGGAAGUCUGUAGGAUACACCUAGUAGUAAAGGACCUCUUCUGUCCAACUGACAAGAGCCCACUGUGCUUGCACUGUGCCAAUUCCCAAAGGCAUGCCACUCACAGACACUCACCAAUAUCACAGGCUGUGUACCAAUAUCAGCAGUGCAGGGAGAAACUUCUGCUGCAAAAGAAGUCUAUUUGGAAAAGCAGACAGAAAAAUCAGCAAAAUCUAAACAAAGAAUAAAACUUAUUUAGAGUAUGGCAGGGUUUUGUAAAUCUAUGGAUGAUGAUGAUCAGGGCUGAAUAUCCUAAGGUAUACCAAUAUCUCCACGAAGAAAAGCAAAAACAUUUAGAGCACCUGGCAGUUGAAGGCAAGAUAAUUUUUAAUCAACUCUGGAGAAAUGUAGGGAGAAUGCGUCACAUGGGGAAACUCCUGAGAAAAAUGUAUGAGGAAAUGUGCUGUGAAACAGAUGUGGACCUGUUCCAGGAUUUGGGAGACAUCAUGAAAAGGAGUCAGUUAAUGCAGCUGCACAUUCCCCAGCCUGUGAACCCUCAGCUGAGCUCAUGGACCAUCACAGGGAUGUCCAAAAGGCUUAACAACUUCCGAGUGUAUCUUACAUUGGACCGUAACAUAAGCAAUUAUCACGUGGCUCUGUUUGAAGACUUGAGACACUUGCAAUGCAGUCCUGACUAUCAAGACAUGCCCCACAGUCCAGCAAGUCCACAAUACAUGCCUUUGUGGGGAGCUCAGACCUUCACCUCUGGCAAACAUUACUGGGAGGUGGAUGUGGGAAACUCUCAUAACUGGAUUGUAGGACUUUGCAAGGAAUCCUGGAUAAAUCACAAUGGUAUGCUGCUCAACUCUGAGGGUAUCUUUCUACUUCUGUGCAUCCAAAUGGAUGACAUCUGCCACCUCUUCUCUGCCUCCCCACCAUUGUGCCACUACAUCCAAAGACCCCAGGGCUGGAUAGGGGUGUUUCUAGAUUAUGAAUGUGGUACAGUAAGCUUUGUUAAUGUUGCCCAAAGCUCUGUCAUUUGUAAUUUACUCUCAUGCUCCUUUACUUGCCCUCUCAGACCUUUCAUUUGCUAUGGACCCAAAUGAUCAGGAACAGCUCACAAACUUGACCAAGGUCUUGGGAAUUUUAACAGUUGGGGAGGAUCCUAUACUGGUGACUUCUCAAAUGGGGAAAGUCACUUAUACCUCAUGGACUUGAACUUCACCUUACCUUCAGGAGAUAUAUUUGUAUUAUUUUUUAAAGUGGUGACAAUGUGAAGGAUGCACUAUUGUCUUUUCUAUUUUAUUGAAAUAAAAGUAAUCUAUUUUAUUAUAUUGUGUGGGAUAUGUGCACUUUUCAUUUGCUAUCUGAGCUUCCUAAAAGUGAAAGAAUGCAUGGGUGUGGAAGCUAGCUAAAUGGGUGUGGAAGCUAGCUAAAUGGAUGAAUGCAAAGCACAGAGAAUUCUCCUUCCAGACAGUUCUUGUCAAAACCCAGUGUCACUGUGGAAAUCUCUUCUUCCUCCAUUCAUCUGGCUAAGUCCCUCCUCCAUCAGCUCUCUCUUUACUGGACUAGAUUAGGACACGUUAUAACAAGACCUCAAGAACAGCUUAUCUUGGGAUAUGAGCAAGAUGGCAGAGGAGUAGGAGACCUAAAAUAUGUCUGGUCCCAGGAAUUCAGCUGGAUAGGGAUCAAACCAUUCUGAACACCUAUGAACUCAACAGAGAUCGAAGAAAGAAUAGCAGCAACUCUCUGAACAUAAAAGCAACCACUUUCUGGAAGGUAGGAUGAAGUGAAUCUGAGGUGAUAUUUGGGUGGAUAAACGGCGGGGGAGGGGGCCUCCAUCCGCCGCUUCUGUCAAGUGAUAGAGCAGCUGAGCACAAAAUCGGAACUUUUAGAAGUCAGCUCCGCUGACGGACGUCACUCCAGUGGCUAAGCAGGGGCUGGGACUCUCACUGGGACAGUGUGGACUGGGGGUGCCUGAGUGCGGCAGAGCUCCCAGGUAUCAGAGUGGGGAAGCCGGCUGCAGAGACAGAGCUGGGGCAUGGGCUCUCAGCUGGGGGUUGCCAUAAACCGUGAUCCAUGGCACAGUAGGGCCACUGCUCCUCCAGCAGGGACCCAAAAAGCGGCAGAUCUGAGGAGACUCCUCUUCCUCCCCCUGGAGGAGCGGUGUGGGAGUGCACCACAGGGAUCUGCUCGGUUUGGAGACCCCACAUGGGGUCGGGUGCCAGAGAUAGAAAUGCUCAGUCACAGGACAGUUGAGCACAGAGUGCGACGGAGACCGGGGAGGUGGGAGUGACUGACUGCUUUUCUCUGGGGGCUCAGAGAAGCGAGGCUCUGAGUUCUCAGCUCCUCCAGGGCAGAGACUGGGAGGCUGCCAUUUUCACUCUCAUCCUCCAAAGCUGAACGGAAAGCUUGCAGGGAACAAAAGCUCCCGAGAGCAAACCCGAGUGGAUUACUUAGCCCAGUCGGCAAUUCUGCCUCCAGCAAAAACAUUUGGGAACCACAGCAACAGGCCCCUCCCCCAGAAGAUCAGCGAGAACAGCCAGCCAAGACCAAGUUUACCGAUCAAUGAGAAUGGCAGAAUGGCAGCACUAGGGGAAUACAGCAUAUAGAAUUCAUGGCUCUUUUUCCUCUGAUGCUUUAGUCUUUCAAAGUUAAUUUUUUUAAUUUUCUUUUUUUUCUUUUUCCCUUUUUCAACCAACAUCUUAUCAAUCCCUUUUUAAAAAAUUUUUUUUAUUUUUCAUUUUUAGAAUCAUAUUCUAUCCCUUCAUAGUAGUUAACCUUAUUUUUGGUAUAUAUAAGUUGUUCUCUUUUUAAAAUUUUAGGAUACAGUUUCUUCUAACAGACAAAAUAGACCCUAAAUCUCUAGUGUAUGGCUUUGUUCUAGUCUCCUGCCUGAUCACAUUCUCUCCUUUUUUUUUUUUUUAAUUCCUCUUCUUUCUUUUUUCAACCAACUUCUUAUCAAUUCCUUUUAUAAAAUCUUUUAUAAUUUUCAUCUUUAUAGUCAUAUUCCAUCCCUUCAUCAUAUUUACUCUUAUUUUUCUACAUAUAUAAGUUGUUCUUUCUUUAAAAUAUUGGAGGCAGUUUCCUCUGACAAACCAAAAUACACCCAAAAUCUAGUGUGUGGCACUGAUUUAUGCACCAGCCUGAUAAUAUUUGAUCAUAUUCUUUCUUUUUUUAUCUUUUUCAUUUCUUUUUUUUUUCUUUCUUUCCCUUUCUGAUCCCCCGGUUUUAGGUCUCUUCUGAUUUGUUUACUGUAUAUUUUUCUGCGGUUGUUGUUACCCUGUUAGCAUUUUGGUCUCUCAUUCAUCUAUUCACCUCUGGACAAAAUGACAAGAUGGAAAAAAUCACCUCAAAAAAAAGAACAAAAGGCAGUACCGACUGCCAGGGACCUAAUCAAUAUGGACAU